UCUCCCGCUUUAAUGGCUUCUCCACCUCCGAGGCAUCUUCCAAAUUCUUAUUAUUCUCUUCACACUCCGACUCAUCAUAAUACAUAUGUCUCCAAUCGCCUCGUCUCUUCCUCCCUCCAUUUCGUUCUUCCCUUCAUAAUUUCAACCAUCCCUGUUAUGUUUCUCAUUCAUAAUUUGAUCCUCUGUUUCUGUGUUACUUCUUCAAGCUCAUUCCUUUGUUCUUUCCCAUAAUUCUUUCAUAUAACCCAUAGCUACCUCCUUUUAUUGUCAUAGAAGCUAGAUACUAUAAGUUUCUGCCUCGUGUGGUUCUUGGUGCCUACCACCUAUAUGAUGCAGUUCAUGUUGUUUCUUCUCUUUCUUUUUGCUCCAAUCAGAGCACUUUCCGACGACCCACCCUUCAACGACGACGUGUUGGGUUUGAUUGUCUUUAAAGCGGGUUUGCAAGACCCGAAGGCUAAGCUCUCUACUUGGAACGAAGAUGACAAUAAUCCCUGCAAGUGGGCUGGAGUAAAAUGUGAUCCUACAACCAAUCGGGUCUCCGCAAUUGUCCUUGACGGCUUUUCUCUUGCUGGGCACAUUGAUCGAGGGCUCCUGAGAUUACGGUCCCUCCAAAUUCUCUCACUUUCCAACAACAACUUCUCUGGGUCCAUAAACCCAGAUCUUCUUCGCCUUGGGAGUUUGCAAGUGCUGGACUUCAGUGGGAACAACCUCUCUGGCUCUAUACCAGAAGGGUUCUUCCAACAAUGUGGGUCCUUAAGAUCAGUUUCAUUUGCCAAAAACAGUCUUACUGGUAAGAUUCCUGAUUCCUUGAGUUCUUGCUCCUUGUUAGUAACUGUUAACUUCUCUUCCAAUCAGCUAAAUGGGAAUUUACCUUCUGAGAUAUGGUUUUUGAGACAACUACAGUCACUUGAUCUGUCCAAUAAUUUGCUGGAGGGAGAGAUUCCUGAGGGAAUUGAGAAUUUGUAUGAUUUGAAGGAGUUAAAUCUGCAGAGAAAUCGCUUCAUUGGGAGGCUUCCUGGUGAUAUUGGAGGAUGCAUGCUUUUAAAGUCACUUGAUUUCAGUGAUAACUUUCUGUCUGGGACAAUUCCUAAAUCAAUACAGGGACUCAACUCCUGCACAUCCCUCACUUUACACGGGAAUUCAUUCACAGGAGCGGUUCCUGAUUGGAUUGGAGAAUUGAAAAAUCUGGAGGUGUUGGAUCUUUCAGCAAAUAGAUUUUCUGGUCGGCUUCCAAAAUCAGUAGGCAAUCUCAGGUCACUGAAUAAAUUAAAUCUAUCCAAGAAUCAUUUUACGGGAAAUUUGCCGGAAUCAAUGGUAAACUGUGUUAAGCUUUUGGCUCUAGACGUCAGCCAAAAUCAGUUACAAGGGCGUCUUCCCUCAUGGAUUUUCAGGAUGGGCGCACAAAAUGUUUCACUCCCAGGAAACAGCUUCAAUAGCAGCAAUAAUCCUUUAUUUACCUCCACACCUGAAUCCUACCAUGGUCUUCAGGUUUUGGAUUUGUCAUCAAAUGGGUUCUCUGGCGAACUUCCAUCUAAUAUCGGGGGCCUUAGUAGCUUGCAAGUAUUAAAUAUAUCCGCCAACAGUAUCUCUGGUCCUAUUCCAGUGGGUAUAGGAGAACUUAAAUCAUUAUACAUUCUUGACUUGACUGACAACAAACUCAAUGGAAGCAUUCCUCCUGAACUAGAAGGGGCUUUUUCACUCAGUGAACUGCGGUUACGAAACAACUUCCUAAGUGGGGAAAUUCCAGCCCAAAUUGAAAAGUGCUCUUUGCUAACAACUUUGAUUCUUUCUCACAACAAACUUACAAGUUCAAUCCCAGCAGCCAUUGCCAACCUAAAUAAUCUUCAGUAUGUGGACUUGUCAUGGAAUGAACUCUCUGGAAGCUUACCCAAAAAUCUAUCAAAUCUUUCCCACCUUUUAUUUUUUAAUGUCUCCUACAAUCACCUUCAAGGGGAGCUACCAGUCGGCGGCUUCUUCAAUAUCAUCUCUCCCUCAUCUGUCACUGGUAAUCCAUCCUUAUGUGGUUCUGUUGUCAAUCAUUCCUGCCCUUCAGUCCAUCCCAAGCCUAUUGUCCUAAACACGAAUUCUUCAUACUCCAACUCCAACUCCUCUCAAAACCAUGGUCAUAGAAAGAUUAUACUAAGUAUUUCUUCUCUUGUUGCCAUUGGUGCUGCCGCUUUUAUCACUAUUGGUGUGGUGGCCAUUACUGUCCUAAAUGCCCAUGUUCGUCGUUCAAUGUCUCAUUCUGCUACCCCAUUUGCUUUCUCGGGUGCUGAGGAGUAUAGUGGUUCUCCUGCAAAUGAUCCUAACUAUGGCAAGCUUGUUAUGUUUUCUGGUGAUGCUGGUUUUGAUGAUGGGGCAAAUAAUCUCCUAAACAAAGAUAGUAUAAUAGGUCGUGGUGGAUUUGGAAUUGUUUAUCACACUGUCCUUCUAGAUGGGAAUUCUGUUGCAAUCAAGAAGCUUACAGUCUCUGGAUUGAUCAAGUCACAAGAAGACUUUGAGAGGGAAGUGAAAAAUCUUGCGACAAUCAAACACCAGAAUCUUGUGGGACUUAAAGGGUAUUACUGGACUUCAUCCUUGCAGCUCCUUAUUUAUGAGUAUCUGUCCAGAGGGAGUCUGCAUAAGCUUCUACAUGAAGAAGAUGAGCAUAGCAGCAACAUGCUUUCAUGGCGACAAAGGUUCAAGAUUGUUCUUGGAAUGGCAAAAGGGUUGGCCCAUUUGCAUCAAAUGAAUAUAAUUCACUACAAUCUAAAAUCAACAAAUGUUUUGAUUGAUUGCUCUGGUGAGCCAAAAAUAGGAGAUUUUGGCCUGGUGAGGCUGCUGCCAGUGCUAGACCAUUGUCUUUUGAGCAGCAAAAUUCAAAGUGCACUUGGUUACAUGGCCCCUGAGUUUGCAUGUCGGACAGUGAAGUUAACUGAGAAAUGUGAUGUGUAUGGUUUUGGGAUCCUGGUUCUUGAGGUGGUGACUGGGAAAAGACCAGUAGAAUACAUGGAGGAUGAUGUGGUAGUUCUGUGUGAUAUGGUAAGGGGAGCAUUGGAGGAAGGCAGGGUGGAGCAAUGCGUGGACAGGAGGCUUCUGGGUAAUUUUGCCGCAGAGGAAGCAAUUCCCGUCAUAAAAUUGGGAUUAAUUUGUGCAUCACAAGUGCCUUCAAACCGCCCAGAUAUGGCCGAGGCAGUUAGUAUAUUAGAGUUGAUCCAAUGCCCUUCAGAAGGACAAGAGGAAUUAGAAUGAGUUUAUAGUUGUAGUAUUGAGAAACAUUAUAUACUGCAAUAACUGGUGAAGAACAAUCCAGUUUUCUUACCCUAAAAAGCUCAACAAGCAAGAAUGUUUGUCAUUUUCUUUCCUGAACUGUAGGUCUGGUUAUUUUCCCUGUUUUGUUUGUUCAGCUACGUUGUAUUACUGGAUUAUUCUUCACCA